UAUUUUAUACACCGCCCCCCGUACCGCGACGCUCUCGCUCUGAUACUUCAUUUAGUAUCUGUCUCAUUCAGUUUAGUAGUUUUUGUGCAACGACGAAAUGGUUUUUAAUUACAAGCAGUGAAUGUUUUAACAGUCGUGGUUUGGACUGGAACUCUUGAUUGUCUUGUUGGCUGAUCCUACUCGUGCUACCUUGGUCAUUAUAUAGAUAUGGGACCAAAAAAACCUUCCGGGAGCGAGUUCAAAAAAAUUAGAAAUAGAAAAGAACAAGAUAACAAAAAAUUAGCAUCUGCACUAGGAAAUUGGCUGAAGAAUGAAAAUACCAGUAAUAAUCCAGGUCCUUCUGAGCCUCAAAUUCAAGACGAAGAAGAAGACGACGAAGAAGUUCAUGGUAGAGAGACGCACACCGAAGACUUUUGCAAGAGUAAUAUGGUUUUGGAGGACCCCACUAGCCACAUCACUCCCAUUGAGAUCGACACUAACUUAGAAGAAAGUAGUGGAAAUUGUAGUUCCCACCAAAUAGAGUACGAAGAUCCCAGAAAAUGGCUGACAAAUUUUAGAUUGGACACAGUUCGUUGUACAAUUGUAGAAAAAGGCCCUCAAAUGAUUAAUUUGGAAAACCACAUGUUUCCUUGUUCUGAUGAUGGACAACGCUUCUCUCAGAAAUGGGUUUACAAAACUCUACCGAACGGGGAAAAUGUGAAAAGGCAAUGGUUAUUGUAUAGCCAAUCUAAGGACGUCCUGUUUUGUUUCCCCUGUCUUCUUUUUUCAAAAGACGAUAAAAAGGACAAAUCUGUGUUUUCUAAUAUUGAAGAGGGAUUCAACGAUUGGAGACACCUACACCCAUGCAUUGUCAAUCACGAAAGGUCAAUACUUCAUCGAGAUUCUUACAUUCUAUGGAAAGAGUUAGAAAUAGGCUUAAAAACAUACAAGUAUGUUGACGCAGGACAUCAAAAGCUAAUACAAGCUGAAACAGACAAGUGGACCAACAUUCUGAAGUGUUUUGUGGAUGUUAUUCUUCACUGUGCUAGGAAUAACUUAGCUUUAAGAGGUGGAUGGGACUUGAUUGGUGACAGCAACUGUGGUGUGUUUCUGAGUACCUUAGAGCUUAUUAGUCAUUAUAAUCCUCAACUAGCUAAACACAUAGAAACAGUUAAACAUGGAAAGAAUGUCACUAGCUAUUUUUCUCCCCUUAUUCAAAAUGAAGUCAUAGACCUCUUGGGAAGUAAUGUCAGAUCAGAAACAUUGAGGAAGAUAAAACGUGCAAAGUAUUUCUCCAUCAUGUUCGACUGCACCCCAGACACAGCUCAUUUAGAGCAGAUGAGCCAAGUAAUCAGAUAUGUUACUACCGAGGAUGGUAAAUGCUCUGUUGAAGAGAGCUUUGUGGACUUCAUCAUAACUCACCAGAAGACAGGAAGAGGGAUAUCUCAAGAAAUCUUGGAAAGACUUAAAACUGAUGACUUGGAUAUACAGAACUGUCGUGGACAAGGAUUCGACAACGGAUCAAACAUGGCCGGAAAAUAUGAAAGCGUUCAAGCACACAUAUCCCAGUUAAAUGACCUGGCAACAUUUGUGCCUUGUGCGGUACACAGUCUAAAUCUCGUAGGCGUGCAUGCUGCAGAAGUUUCAGUAAUGAUGACAACUUUUUUCGGAAAGGUUUUGGAUUUUUUCAAAUUUUUCAGCAGCUUUACCUCGAGAUGGGAGGCCUUGCUUGGUUGUCUCAAUACCACACUCAAAAGACAUUGUGACACGAGAUGGUCGUCCAGGCGUCAAGCCGUGACAUCUCUUAAGAAUGGUCUAACCUCUGUUUACAAGAUUUUGAUAAGCAUGACUGACAGAGACAACGACUGGAAUGCAGACACAGUUUCUGGUGCUAUGAAAGUUUUAAAACAAAUUGAUUUUGAAUUUGUGUCGCUUUUGGAAAUGUGGUCUGAUAUUUUGGUCAGUGUAGAUUGUACAAACAAGGCUCUUCAAGGGAAAGGUACAACUCUGGAUGUAGCGUCUAGUUUGCUCUUGGGUUUAGCAAAAAAAGUAGAAGAAAUGCGCAAAGAAGGAGUUUUUUUUGUAAAAAAUUUUUGGAAAAUGCUAAAGCUACGUGUGACUCUUUGACUAUUCCCAGUGAAU